AUGGACUCCUUUGAGCUUCUAAAGAACGGUGCUCCCAAUGAGCGCAUUGCUGCGGCCCACACCCUCAAGUACGCCAUAUCCGAAUACCCACUACAUCCUGUCCUAGACAUUUGGUACGCCGCCAAGGACCUUAUUGAGCCGACGAAGCCGCCUGCAGCACGUAUAGCGGGAUGGGAGCUCUUGACAGAGUGCGUCAAGCAUGGGUCAUCGACCGACCUGGAGCGCAAGGAGUACUUCCAGACACUGGCUGCUCCAGCCAGCUCUGAGGACUUCCACCUUCAGCUUGCGGCACUAGUCGACCUGACUCAGAGUGGACGCGUAUUGGAUGGGUUUGACUACGACCUGUUGCCUCUCCUGACGAGAUGGCUUUCGGAAGCCUAUGAAGCGGUACGAAACGCCCGUCGAGAUGCCUCGUCGACAGCGCGGGGCAGUCGCUCUUCUACCAGAAAUAGGACCGCGGUUCUGGGCGAGGAGAAAAACUUUGCCCAGCUCUUUGCGUUCAUCAUGGACGUCAUCAAGUUCAGCUUCAAGAAUGCAGACGAUGUAUCCCUGGCACGCAUGAUUGACGGCUUGCUAGACAUCUGUAUGAGCACCAGCGUGGAGGACGACCUACGAAUGUGCAUUUCGGUGCUCGAUGCUAUUGUCACCUUUGGCUCGAUUCCCAACGACAAGUUGAAGGGAUGUGUGCAGGUCCUGAGCUCCAUCUACUGUCUUGUCCCCGCUCUACAGAAAGAUGCGUGGCGCACGCUGUCCAACUUCUUCAAAUCCCACAAUGGCCAAGCCACGGUCCGUAUCCUGCUGGACGUGCUGCGAGGCUUGACACCCGAGUCGUCUAAGGACAGAGAUAUGACUCGCGAGAUUAGGGGCGCAUUGGCCGUGUUGCGGAACCUGCUUUCCAAGAGCUCUGAAGAGGGCUAUCCUGCUGUGCCCUACGCGCUGCUGGCAGAUGGCUUAUCGGCAGCUGUGGAGGCUACGAAUUCUUCAAAAGUAUAUCUCGCGUUACUACAGGUUGUCAACUCCUUGUUCGAGGAUGUUGCUGGUGGACUGCAUCAUCUAGUCGUGGACGAGGACUGGUCGUCUGUGCUCGCGGUUGCGACGCAAUGCGCACAAAAGACCAACGUUGGCCCCGAGAAGACCCGAAGUCGCAGCUAUCUUGCUGCAGACCUGUCAGAAGACCCUGUUAUGUUGGAGUUGGUGCAACUAGUGACUCGGCUUGAGGAGGUGAUUACACAGAAGACCAAAGACUAUCUGCCCCGGCAAACCAUUAUCAGAUUCUUCGUCAGCGUUCACUCAUUACUGCCCGACUCCACUGCUUGUGCUGUGCUUGACUACUUCCAAGAGUUCCGGUGUUGCUCGCCGGCCGACCUCGAGUGGGAAGACAAUCUGGACCUUGUCCUCGUGGCAUUCUUCGGCAACCGCGAACGAUCGUCAGAAACCAGACUCAAGGCGCUCAGGACUAUCAUGGAUGCCUACGAGAUUCUCGAUCUCAUUGCUGAGGAUGCGGAGCGGGAUUCAGUACCUAAAUUGGCCAAGAGUGUGCUCAAAGAGGUCACAGAAGAAUCCGAUGUUCUCGUCCUGGAAGCUGUGAUCUCGCUCAUGGUGUCCAUUGUCUCGUCGUGUGAGGAAGACCUGUUCGACCACGUUCUUGGGGCCUUGCGAGGGGUGGUGGAUAAUGACCGGUUGCAGUCACCCAUCUCCCCGCCCGUUAUGGGUGGCGUUGCCUUUGGUGAGCGCGACAAGUCACACCCAUUGCCGGGCCAGUCGCCGUCGAAUGUUGUUACGAAAGGCUAUGUUCAAAUGUUCGUAGCCGUAAUGAAUUCGGACGGUGUCAAGAGCCAGAAGCUGUACAACGCGCUCUUGCAGAUUGCGAGAUCUCCGCAAUCCGAACAAGAUGCUCGACUCACAGCCAUGAAGUUGCUGUUUCGCAUAAGGGCUGACUGGGCAAACAAGAUCUACCUCACUAAGGAGCUCGAGACCAACUUUCUGGCACCAACCCUCUGCCGUACGGAAGCAUCUUUAGCCAAGAAGCAAGCUAUCGAAGCCGCCGGCACGUUGCGGACGUCACGCAGCGAUCAUGGAGGGCUCACCCGAUCCUCCAGGGGUAUAUCGUUCAGCCAAGGUCAAGUAUCGGAUAAGACCAAGCAUGGAAGCAACUUGAAGUCCACUGCUAGUAGCUACCGUCAGUUGUGGGCGCUCCCCGACCCCGACGCCAUCCCUGGUGAUAUUCCAAAACUGAUCAGUCAGUUCCUCGUAUCUCACAAAGCUGGCGGAGAGGGUGAGGACGAGAGCGAUGACGAUCAGAACACGAGCACCUAUGUUCUAGACAUGCCAGCCUGGCUUGAAUGCGUCUUGGCCAUGCUGAGAGGCAGCGACUGGGAGAUCUAUAGCUUCGUUCUCGUCCACUUACCUUCGCAACUCAGCAACCACGCGGUGUUCAAGGAUGCAUUGAGGCAGAUGCAAGAUUUGCGGAAACACAUCUGUGAGCAGGUGAGGUCCAACAGCUUCAACGAGCCACCAAACACGUCCGGCCUGCGUCGGGCAGAUGUGGCGAUUUGCCUCUUCCACAGUCUCACAAUGAUCCUCAGCUACCACGACAACUUCAAGAAGAGCGAGGAGGAUGACAUUGUCAAGACGUUCGUUCACGGCAUUUCAGCGUGGGAACGCACGGCCCCAUGCUGCAUUCAUGGUCUCACUAUAUGCUGCCACGAGCUUCCGCUGUCAGUCAGCAAGAGUUUGGGACAGAUGCUCAACCAGAUGGCGGCCAUCAUCACACAGCCCCAUGUGUCCAUCCAUAUCCUCGAGUUUCUGGCGUGUCUGAGCAAACUCCACGACGUUUAUGUCAACUUUCGGGAAGAUGAGUAUCGAACGGUUUUCGGUAUUUGCUUUCGAUACCUCGAGUCUGCUAGAGACAAGCGACGCGCGACAAAAGCACCGGCGUCGAGUGAACCCACGACACCAGCUGGUGGCUCUGGUCCAAGUGUUGAUCUUGGUCACCCGAAUGCCGCUGAUGACUUGCCCCAAUAUGUGUAUGCGCUCGGGUACCACGUCAUUCUCUUUUGGUUUCUCGCGUUGAAGCUCCCUGACCGGGCAACGCAUGUCGGGGCCAUUGCACGAAAGCUAUUCAAUGAUGUCGAUGGCUCCGGAACCAUGUCAGAGGAGCAGGCGCUGAUCGCCAUUGACUUUAUGCAACGAGUGACGUACGCAGACAUUAAUGAGUCGGGGGAAGAUCACAAAUUCACCUCGCAGCGUAUGGGGGAACUGGUCACCAAGCGAUGGCUGGUUGGCAACAGCAUUGUUGCCAUCAAGCAGUCCACACGAACCGGAUGGGCCGAGGUGACCAAGCGGCAGCCGUCAGGAACUUCGACGUACAUGGUACGUGAGGCAUUGCGGCCUGCGCCAUUGCACCAGACCGGCAACCAGCCUGAAUUUGGUAGAGAUGGGCAGGUGCCGACCAACGUGGUGCUCCCCAGCCAUCUCAUGAUCCAGCUCAUGUCUUCCAUCCCCCAGUCCUGCGACGUCGCGCGCCCCAUCAUCUUGCCCGACGACGAGGCUACCGAUCGAAUGCUCAGGGUCAUGGACCGCAACCCAACUGUGGAUGGCCACAAAAUUGGCGUCAUCUACAUCGGCGAGGGCCAGACGGACGAGGUGGAGAUUCUGUCCAAUGUUUCGGGCAGCAGCGACUAUCACGAGUUCCUCAACCAACUCGGCACGCUGGUCAAGCUCAAGGGCGCGAAAUUCAACACUCAAGGGUUGGAUCGCGAGAUGGACAUGGACGGCGAAUACGCCUAUGCGUGGCGCGACCGCCUGACCGAGAUUGUCUUUCACGUCACGACGCAGAUGCCCACAAACCUGCAGAACGACCCCCAGCUGUCCAUGAAGAAGCGCCACAUUGGCAACGACUUUGUCAACAUCAUUUACAACGAUUCUGGGCUACCCUUCAAGUUUGAUACCUUCCCAAGCCAGUUCAACUACGUCAACAUUGUGAUCACGCCAGCAUCCAGGGCUUCUUUCAUCGCUGCGCGAGAAGCUCGACGGGCAGAGCGAAAGGAGCAGCCCUUUUACCGAGUCCAGGUCAUGAGCAAGCCUGGCUUCCCCGAGAUUUCGCCAGCCUCGGAGGUGAAGAUGGUGUCUCUCAAGGCGCUGCCCGAUUUCAUCCGUCUUGUAGCCUUGAACGCCUCCGUCUUCUCGCUCAUUUGGCAAGCCCGCGGUGGGGAACAUGUCAGUUCAUGGCGGGCCCGUCUUCGUGAAAUCAAACGACUGCGCGAAAGGUACGCCCCGAAAGCGGCGAUUCACUCGCACAGCGCGCACCAUCUAUCGCCCUCGCCGCCCCCCAAUGCGUCUGGCGGCGGCAGUGGUGCAGCACAGCAGUAUCCGCAACUACAGGCGCAACAGAUCGCGGACAGCUCACGACCCAGCAGCAGCGUGCGCGACAGUUUUACCAGUCUCCGCCGAACAAGCGUGGCCACCUUCUUUACGAACACCAGUGAGCAGACGUCUCAUAGGUCGUCGAUGCUCUCUGGCUCGGCGACCACAGCCGACACCGAGAUGGGCAACAGCCCGAGCGGCGCGGCGCAGCAACUGUCAGGCUCUGACUUGAACGCUGAUGCGGUCGACUUUUCAAAAUGGACAUGA